CUUGGCACUACUGUUAAUAGUAAACAGAAGACGCUCCUACCGGCUUGGUCUGGGCUACUGUGCUCUGACUAACAUUACCUAAAGUUUUUUUUCUAACUAUCUAGCUAUGUUACCGGUGUCGUGUUUAAUGAGACAAGCUCGGCAUUUCAGAACCUAUGGGAGACUUUUAAAGAGAAGGAGAGUCAUCGGAGAUAAUAGCUGUAUUGAGCCAGCCCUUGUUACAUCAUUUGUUUCUUCAAGGCAGUUUGUCACAUCUUUGGACCCUUCUCAUGGACUUACAGAGGAACAGACAGCCAUCCUGCAGUUGGCAUCAGACUUUGCAAAGAACGAGAUGCUGCCUAACAUGGCUAUAUGGGAUGAGGAGGAGAUGUUUCCAGUUGAAACACUGAGGGCUGCUGCUGCUCUUGGCUUUGGAGCCAUAUAUGCGAGUGAAGAAUAUGGGGGCACCGGCCUGAACCGUCUUGAUGCAUCCAUCAUAUUUGAAGCUCUCUCACAAGGGUGCACAUCCACCACAGCUUACAUCAGUAUUCACAACAUGUGUGCAUGGAUGAUUGAUAAAUUUGGAAAUGCAUCUCAGCGGGAAACUUGGAUCCCUCAGCUGGCCUCAAUGGAAAAAUUGGCUUCAUACUGUCUAACAGAGCCAGGUGCUGGUUCAGAUGCUGGUGCUCUCUCAACAUCUGCUAAAAGAGUUGGAGAGGAUUUUAUUCUUAAUGGUUCCAAGGCAUUCAUUAGUGGUGGAGGUGACACAGACGUCUACUUGGUGAUGUGUCGGACAGGAAGUGAAGGACCUAAAGGAAUCUCAUGUGUGCUGGUGGAGAAAGGAACUCCAGGGCUCAGUUUUGGCAAAAAGGAGAAGAAAGUAGGAUGGAAUUCACAACCAACUCGGAUGGUGAUUUUUGAGGAUUGCCGUGUGCCGGCCUCAAAUAUAAUAGGAAAGGAAGGUCAAGGCUUCAGCAUUGCUAUGAAGGGACUGAACGGAGGCCGCAUCAAUAUUGCAUCUUGUUCACUAGGGGCAGCUCAUGCUAGUAUACAGAACGCUGCUGACCACACCAAGGUUCGCAAGCAAUUUGGGAAACCUCUUUCAAGUUUUCAGAACAGUCAGUUUCGCCUGGCAGAGAUGUCAACCGAGUUAGUGGCUUCACGGCUAUUGGUGCGUAAUGCUGCUCGAGCACUUCAGGAAGAUCACCCAGAUGCUGUUACUCUCUGCUCCAUGGCAAAGUAUUAUGCUACUGAAAAAUGUUUUAAUAUCAUCAAUGAGGCCUUGCAGCUCCAUGGAGGGUAUGGCUACUUGAAAGAUUACAGUGUUCAGCAGUACUUGAGGGACACAAGAGUUCAUAUGAUAUUAGAGGGAACUAAUGAAGUUAUGAGGAUUCUCAUUGCUCGGCAUGUCCUGUCUGACUGAAGAUAUUUUGUAAAGUGAUCCCUGGAAUAGUAUUAGCAGGUUACAUGUCUCAGGGAUAAACUUAUACAGUACAUCUAACAUGCACUGUACUGCACAUGGUUCCCACACAAAUGAGAGUUUUGUUCCCCAAAUUUUCAAAGACCAAUCACUGAUUUUUCCUAUACCAAAAUGUGUAAUGUAUCUUACUGUACAGCAUAACAACUUGCUGGAUGACAAAAAAUGUACAGCAGUUAAUGUCACUAGAAAUAUACAACAAACUUGUCUUAUUAAGUUUCUACAGUAAUUUUAUGUACUAUGGUGGACAAAAAUCCCUUCCCUCAGCCCUCCCUCUCUUUCCCCCUCAGCCCUCCUUCUUUUUCCUCCUCUGGCCCCCAUCCCCCUUUGGUUCUCAUCCCCUGCCAUAUGCAAUACACAGUGCGCCAUCUGUUGGACGAUUACAGCACUUCCCUCAGUUGCCUCAUUAUUCGAACCUCAGGGGAUUCAGUCACAUUGUGGCUGGCUGAGGGAAGGAACUUUUGUCCACCAUAGUACAACUGAGAAGGUGACUUCUUCCUUCCUUUACGGCCAGAGGGUCCACCCCUCUCAAGAAUGUAUUCAGUACAGUACAUUGGCAGCUAUUUAUUGGUAAUUUUAACAACACAUAAUGUACAAUAAGAUUUUUAUUCCCCAAAUCAGUAUUUACAGCAGUAAGCAUUGAAAGUGUUCACCAGCAAUUACCUGAAAGCCUUAUACACAUAACAUAAAAGUAUUGAGCCUUGGAAGGAGAAAUGCUUGCAAAAUGACAACUAACACAGUAAAGAUUAUUGAAAACAUUCAUAGCCACACUAAUAAUACCAUUGACUUUAUUGUAUUAUGUACUGAUCUACAAAUUAUUUGUUGAAGACUGAAGCUUCCAUGACCUCUACAUUUUUCAGAAUUUUCCAUUACUUUUCUAUGGGAACCUUGAGUGUAAUAUAUCUGGUGGGUUUCAUAUACUGCCAAGCUAAGUAGGUUGUGAUGCACAUGUUUGACUUGUCAACUACUCUUUAACUCUUAAAGAGUUAUAUACAGUACUGAUGAAUUGUCACUUUCAUAUUUCUAUAAAGGACUUACAGGUAGAGAUUACUGUACUGCAAUGUUCUUUGGCUAAUGUCUUCCUUACAAACUACAAUUAGUGGUACAGUAGCUAUGAGGUAUUUAGCAGGUACAAAUCUCUUCUUUGGUACUUAUAUUUAAAGAAAAAAUAUAUACAUGAUACUAUACUGAAAAAAAUAGGCACUCACUUUAUACUUAAAAUUAUCAAUUAAGGUCUGUUUACAUUUAGCCCACUGCUUACUGCAUUUGUGAUAUGUUAGAAAACAGUGAUUUUAUUAUUUCCUGUAGUUUCAUGUUUAAUCUCUAAUGCUCUAAUAAUAAUUAUGUACAUAGAAUUAGUUUACAUAUGAAUAUUGAUACAAGAUAUUUUAUAUACAGGUAUGUACCGUCUUUCAUUUGUACACCAACAGUCUAAGGAUUUGAGGAAACUAAAAUGUUCAUAUGAACUGUUAAACUGUACACAGUAUCUUGUUAACAAAGGGAUGCAUAAAUCAAUUGUAUAUUAUAAUAUAUAAAUUCGUUAAUGAACACAGUGACACUGACAAAUAUCAAAAGUAUGAAAAUACUCUUUUUUUUGCAACAGGGUGUUCCUUUUAAAAUCAAAUGCUUGUAAUUUUAACACUUUUAAAAACUAACUGUCAAUAUGAUACUUAACACCA